AUGGAGAACAAGGACACCAACGUACGCAUGACCAAGAUGGAGGACCAGCUGGCCCAACUCACCACAAUGAUGCUUGAAAUAAGCCAGAAGCUCAAGGAGCCCUCUACUGUAGCUGUCACAGGAACAUCCACUCCGGCGUUGACGGAAGGCACGCACGUUGCUGAUCCCCUCGGAAAAGAAACUGCCGGGGAGGCUCCUUCUGUCACACCAAUCAUCGUCAAUUUGGAUCCUCCUCCGAAGGAAAACCCAACACCCCGCCUAAGCGAAGAUAGUGAAAAACGUUUGGCAAAGAUGGAGGAGCGAUUGUGUGCCUUGCAAGGUUACGAGCUGAAAGGAGUUGAUAGGCUGUCUCCAUACACCAAGACGAAUUUCCCUGAGAACUACCAGGAGCCUAAGUUCACAAGAAAAUAUGACGGAACGGGAUGUCCCAAGACCCACCUCAGAUAUUACAUGAGGAAAAUGGUUCGCUACGCUAACAACGUGCCAUUUCUCAACCACACAUUUCAAGAUAGCUUGGAAGGCAUUGCCCUGACAUGGUUCAUUGCACUGGAUAUUGAAGAACUCACUAGUUGGGAAGAUUUAACCAAUGAGUUCUUGCAACAAUACUGGUUUAAUACCGAGCUCGCCCCCACGAGGGAAGAAUUGACCAGUAUUGAGAAGAAGAGGAACAAGUCAUUUAAGGCCUUUGCGCAAAGGUGGAGGACCAUGGCCUCACAAGUGAAGCCAGACUUGAAUGAGAGGGAGAUAAAACAACUGUUCCUUAAGACAUUGCCCCUUGAAUACUUCCAAGGGUUAGUGUUCUCGGGUUGCCAGACAUUUUCGCAACUAGUUAAGGUAGGUGAGGGAGUCGAAUGGGCAAUGGUUGAGGGAAAAAUUUCAACUGGAGGCACGAAGAAAUUUCUGGCAAGAAAAGAUAAGGAGGUCGUAGUUGAAGUAGCGCUUGUGCAGGAGCCACCUUUCCCUCGAUCGUCCUCAACACCCGCGCAUAAGCCCAUAGUGGUCCAAGGUAGCUCGUCACAAGCAUAUGAUAAUGUCAAGAGACCUUUUCGAAAUGAUUUUUCUCCACUGCCACGCCCGCUAUCAAAGCUGUUGCCCAUGCUCCUCGAAAAGAGGAUGGUUGCGAAAGAAGUACCAAGGGACAAUCCCCCGAGGUUUGCCGGGUUCGAUAUGAACAAGACCUGCAAAUACCACAUGGGAGAAAGGGGGCAUGAUGUAGAUGAUUGCAAUGUGCUGAGAUAUAAAGUUCAACAGCUUCUAGACAAGAAGAUCUUGACUUUUAAGAAGGCCCAACCUAACGUGCAACAGAACCCUCUACCAAAUCAUGCAAGGGGAGUGAACUCGAUUUCCGAGGAGACGCGGGUGAGUCAACAGCCUCUAGUGGUGGAUGCUUCCAGAUUGUAUGAUUCCUUAGUGCUGGCAAGAUACUAUAGAGAUCAGGAUGAUGUGACCCUAAAAGAGAAGUUGAACUGCGUCCGUAAGAUGAUAGCCAUAGGGGUAAUUCGACGCGGAGAAGAAGAGGAGGGGGGCGUGUCCAUGAUAAUGCCAUCAUCAUUCUACUCUUCCUUCUACAAGUUUGCUUGUAUAUCUCGGGCAAAGAAGGUUAUGCCUGGAAUUUCGAAGACCCCAGCUUUGUAUGAGGAAGGGGUGAUAGCUAUGAUAACCCCUAUGGUGAUCGAACUACCUGAUGAGGAGCCGACUGAUGAUAUUAAGAUGGAAAUCACCGAACCCAUGGUGAUCGACCUUAUGGUCGAGGAGAUGUCGGCAAUUGAAGUCACGGGAGGGAACGCAACGCCAGUCACGAUAGAAUUGCCACCCUGGGAGAAAGAUGGAGUGAUAGUGUUGGAUAAUCCUCCUAAAUUUGAUCCCAAAGCUGUACCUUGGGACUAUGGCACAAUUGAGGUAGACGUUGUCACACAAUCAGGACAUUGUUAUACCCUUGAUAAAGGAGUAGAAAAGAAGGCCGUGAUCGAGGAGGAGGCAAAGCAACUCUUGGCCGUAGUAAAGUCCAGUGAGUUUAAUGUGGUGGAUCAACUACGGAAGCUAUCAGCCCAAAUCUCCCUCUUAUAA